GACCAAACUGAUCAAUAGCUCAAAGGUUGAGCUGAGUAAAUUGCUCUGCUGCAGUGCUCGGUGGGGCACUGACCUGGUCUGCAGAGCAGUGUCCACUUGCUGUUGUUACAGUGCACAACGCUGCACUACCUUCUAAAAAGGAUUUACGGCCACAACAGAUCAGAAUGAAGCUGCUGGCCUUUAUAGGAGCUCUGUGGAUCUUCUCCAUCUGCUCAGUUCAUGCCAUUACAGACAUCUGCAGUUCCAAGCCCAAGGACCUGCCCCUGCAGCCAAUGUGUGUCUAUCGUAACCCAAACGUACAUGAUGAUGCAGAAUCACCGACUGAACAGCCCCCCGAGAAGAUCCCCGAGUCCACCAACCCCCGAGUAUGGGAACUGUCCAAUGCCAACGGCCACUUCGCCUUGUCCCUCUUGAAACAGCUUUCUAAGGGCAAGUCUGAUGAGGAAAACAUCUUCAUGUCUCCCCUCAGCAUCUCCACAGCUUUUGCUAUGACAAAGCUGGGGGCUUGCAAUACCACACUGGAGCAGAUCAUGAAAGUGUUUGAGUUUGACACAAUAAAGGAGAAGACCUCAGACCAGGUUCACUUCUUCUUUGCUAAGCUGAACUGUCGCCUCUACCGCAAAAAGCACAACACCGUAGAACUGGUCUCAGCCAACCGUUUGUUCGGAGAGAAAUCUCUGACUUUCAGCGAGACCUUCCAGAACAUCAGUGAAGUGGUCUAUGGAGCCAAGCUGUUGCCCCUCAAUUUCAAGGAGAAACCUGAACUUUCGAGGCAGACGAUCAACAAGUGGAUCUCUGAGAAGACAAAAGGCAAAAUAAACAACACCCUGCCACAGGGCUCGAUAGACUCCACUGCUGUACUGGUCUUGGUCAACACCAUCUACUUUAAGGGCCAGUGGAAAAAUAAGUUUGACAAAGCUGAUGUUAUGUCAUCACAAUUCCACAUCAGUGAGUCACACACGUGCCCUGUGCAAAUGAUGUACAAGGAGGCCAAAUACAGGUACGGAAAGUUCCCAGAGGACAAAGUGAAGGUGCUUGAGCUGCCCUACAAUGGAGGGGGGAUUUCCAUGGUGCUGGUGUUGCCCAUUAAAGACACUAAGCUGUCCGAGGUGGCGACAAGUCUAACCCUUAAGAAACUCACUGGUUGGUUGACCGCCAUGGCUGAAACAACAGUGGCUGUGCAGAUCCCCCGUUUCCGCAUCGAGGACAGCUUCAGCCUCAAAGAGAAGCUGCAGGAUAUGGGCCUAGAGCAUCUUUUCAGUGCAGAGCACGCCAGUCUGCCAGGCAUAGUGGAGGAUGUCAGCAAUGGCAUUUACAUUUCUGAUGCCUACCACAAGGCUUUCCUUGAAGUGAACGAGGAGGGCAGCGAGGCGGCGGCUGCCACGGCUGUUGUAGCCCUCGGACGCUCCCUCAACCUGAAUCGCGAGAAUUUCACCGCCAAUCGGCCGUUCCUGCUCUUCAUCCGAGAGUCCACCAUCAACACCCUCAUCUUCUCUGGCCGCAUCUCCAACCCCUGCGAAAGCAGCUAA